AGAAUAGACUGGACUAGUAUAGAAUACAAAAAAUGUGAAGAGAGAAGAAAAACUAUCUUAUUUUGUGACUCUUUGUUGCAUUAUGAUUGACUCCCAUACUUACUGUCCAAUAUAAUUACAAGUUUGCAGGACUGAGUGGAAGUCCUACAUCAUUUACUGAAGAAAGUUCAACCCCAGGAGCUCCAACAUUCACCAUGGAACCGGCUGCUCAACCAACACUUGUAGAUCAAGGAAUAUUCUUUCCUCCAAGCAAGUAAGCUUAGAGACAAUAUUUAGAUACCUCAACAUUGACAGUGCUUUUCAAGCUCCUACAUCUAAAUUUUCAUUCCAGUAUUGGAUCUACAUCUUUACCAGUGAUGCAUUUACUGUUUUCCAAGGAACUAUAUAGAUGAUAAUGGAGCCCUGGAAGGAAUCAAAUUUGAUGGAUAUAAGAGGACGGAAGGGCUGAGUAUUUAUUCAAGAUAUCAGAGUAGUGGAAAUCAUGCUCACGAAAUGAAAAAAGGAUGGAACAGAGUCAGAAUGAGUGGAAGUAAUGGCUUGAUAAAUACUAAGCUCCAUAACUCUAUAAUUGGAGAGAAUUUAGCGACAACAUACUCUUAUAAUUUUAACAAUGGUUUGAUAUACAAAUUAGGAUCUAGUGAAUCAACAGCCAAUAGUUUUAUUCUGUACAGUUUCUGUUUCACUGAUGGUGAUUCUGUAUUAACAUGGGCUAUAUCAGCUUUAUAUCCUAACAACUUAAAUACUUGCGGAGACGGAACUAUCCAACCAACUAGUUUAGAGGAAUGAGACGAUAGCAACUUCAAUAAUGGAGAUGGAUGAAAUGAAAGCUGCAUGUUUGAGUCAGGUUCAUGAUCCCAAACACCUAUUAUAUGAUUCGAAGAUUGUGGAGAUGGUAAAAGAUUCAAUACAUUGUCAACUUAUUGAGAUGAUGGUGGAAAGGUCUCAGGAGAUGGCUGCUCUAGCACUUGUUCAAUUGAAACCGGCUUCGAAUGAACUAAUGGAGAUUCCACAACUCCAGACACUUGAUCUCCAAUCUGAGGAGAUGCUAUCAAGGUUUCAUCAGAAUUCUGAGAUGAUGGGAACAAAAUUUCUGGUGAUGGGUGAAGCGAUACUUGACUGCAAGAAAAUGGAUGGACAUGAGCAGGUGGGAGCCUUUCUGGAAGUGAUACAUGAACAGAAGAUUGAGGUGAUGGUAAAAAGUUCAAUGCUGUUGCUACCUACUGAGACGAUGGAAAUAAAAUAUCAGGAGAUGGAUGUUCAAAUUCUUGCCAACUUGAGACUGGCUAUAAAUGAACUAAUGGAGAUUCCACAACUCCAGACACUUGAUCUCCAAUCUGAGGAGAUGCGAUCAAGGUUUCAUCAGAAUCUUGAGAUGAUGGGAACAAAAUUUCUGGUGAUGGGUGAAGCGACACUUGACAGCAAGAAACCGGAUGGAUCUGUACAGGUGGAAACUUAUCUGGAAGUGAUUCUUGAGCUGAGGAAUGAGGAGAUGGUAUCAAAACUAUAUCUGAAACUUGAGAUGAUCAAAAUACAAAUUCAGGAGACGGCUGAAGCAAUACCUGUCAGCAAGAAGUUGGCUGGACAUGAAUUGGUGGAAGUCUUUCUAGCAAAGAUACUUGUACUGAAGAUUGUGGAGACGGAAAGAGAUUCAAUUCUUUAACAACAUAUUGAGAUGAUGAUAAUACUGAUGAUGGAGAUGGCUGAUCUUCUACUUGACAGGUUGAGAUUGGAUAUAGUUGUCAAGGAGGAUCUCCUACUCAAAAAGAUGACUGUGGACCGAUCUGUGGAGAUGGACUUAUUUAUGCAGAGGAGCAAUGAGAUGAUGCAAACUCAUACUCUGGAGAUGGUUGAAGUGACUCUUGAAGUGUUGAAGAUGAGUGGGUAUGUACAGGAGGAAGCCAAACUUCUCGAAGCACUUGCAGACUUAAAUGAAUCAUUGAGAACUGUCAAACAUGUGACUCACAAAACAACACUAUAUGAGUUACUUGUAUUGCUGGUUAUGGGCUUAACAAAGACUUUACUUGACGCUAUGUCCAAGUUUCUGAGUCUGCUCAGGCGAUGUCAUCUGGCUCAGCUGCAAUAACUGGAGUCGGGUCUUUAAUAGGACUCAUAGUUUCACUGAUGAACUUUUCUGCUCCAAUGGCUCUCUGGGCAAUGGCAAACCAAGUGCAACUGAUGCUGUUACUUCUGUUAACAAAGAGUUCUCUUCCAUAUGAUAUUGUUGGAUACAUUACAACGAAUGGGUUUUUCUCAUUCAACAUGGAGUUUCUACCGAUAAAAUCUAACACAAUAGCAGAAGUACCUUUAGAAUGGAUGAGUAAGACCCAAAGCAGCAUCGAACUCGAAGACAUGGGAUUAGAAUCUGGUAGCUCAUUUAACAACAACUUCGGGUUAGUAUUUAUGGUUUUAGUUUUUGCUUUCGUACAUUUGCUACUAUGCUGCUGUCCGAGAGAAGAAAAAUAUUUGAACAAUGAUUGAAGAAAUAGAUGUGCUAAGAUCUUCAAGCCUGUGUGGAGACUUUUUACAUUUGGAAUUUAUAUUAGACUAUUGUUGGAAGGUUACCAGUUCGUUUAUAUUUCAUCAAUUAGUGAACUCAGAAGAAUAAAUAAAUUUGAUAUCAGAGUUAUAAAUUCUGAAAUGUUUGCUAUUUUAUUGGUAAUAUGCUGAAUUAUAUUCCUAAUGUUGGCUUUCAUGCAAAUUUGUAAACAAGAAAAAAUGGAUCAGCAUGAUAAAUUUGGGGAAUUUACUGCAGGUCUUAGAGAAUCUAAACACAGUAAAUUUUACACACCAUUUUUGAUUUUGAGAAGAUUGCUGUUUUGCUCACUACUAGUGUUGUUCAAUAAUUAUGAAUGUAUUUUUCUGGUUGGAUUCAUGCUCUUGAUUCAAGUUCUUUAUGUAUUCCACUUGUUAUAUCUGAGGCCAAUGGAGAAUAAUCUAAAUAAUGUGGUAGAGUGAAUGAAUGAAGUAUUUUACAUAUUCUUUGUCGCUUUCCUUCUGAAAUAUAACUCGAAACAAACCUGGAAGGGAUGGCCUACAAGUUUAUACUUAUGGACAAUGAUGAUGAACUCAACAAUAGUUGUGUUGACAAUUCUAGUUGGAAACUUCUUGGAAUUCAAGCAGAAAAUAUGAAGAAAGAAGAAAAACAAAGUAAAAAUUGAGGUCUCUGAGAUCCCUAGAUCCCAUCGAAGAAACUUAGAUCAAUUCGCUGACCAAAAUAUCUCCGUUAACCAAAUCUCACUCUCCAAAAUAACGAGCCAUAUCACCCGCAAAAUCCUCAAACCAAGACCUUCCCAACCCCAUACUCUCACUACCUCCCCAACAAUCGUCCCAUAACCACCAAAAAUCACUUUAUGCCCUCACAAAUUUCAUUCA